AUGGAAAGAAUAAAACGUAAUAGACGAUUUGUUGGAUUAGCACUGAUUUUUGUUUCUGUAUGCUUAUUUCUUGUCUUCCAUGUGCCAGUAGUGAUAAGAAUACCAUACAUAUCGCCAAGGAUAUCACUUAGGUUUGCAUCUCUUUUUGUAUAUACAUUUAUAUAUGCAUUUGUAUUUCUAGGUGCAAGCAUAAAAAGAGCAUCUCCAUGUAAACAGGUGAGAAAAGUGGUGCCUAGGCACUCGACAAAGGAAGACUGCAAGGAAUGCCUGGAUCAGAAUGGUUUCAUGGCUGAAAAAAAUAUCCCAGAUGACCGAGGAAGUUCACGGGAAGUUUCUUGA